GCAUCAGCGCCACACAGCGGUCUUCAUCAACAUCAACACGUACUACCGCCGCCAACGCUGUCCUUGUUCCUCAUUCGUAUUCGAUUCGCAGAGGAUUCCGAUCAGGGUUUACGCCAAAUCAUACUGGCAUCGUUGAAGUGACUUGGUGUAGACUCAGAUCGAGUCUUGUUUCAUGUACAACCUCCACUCGCCAAUGCCUAGGGACAUGGCUCACAGUGCUUUCGUCCCUAUACUGAUGAUGUGGAAGAUACAGCUAUGAGCGUGCUCGGUUCCACGCUUGAAUGUCCGGCUGUUUAGACAGUAACAAAUGUGGUCAUUCGAGUACUAAACUGAAGCGGAUAUACAUUUCUUACACGACCUGUCAUGUAAUUACGCGUUAUCGUCCGUGAUGCAGGCAAUAUGUUGUUGACAAAAACUCGUUACGAAAGUACAAAUCAAUUACUCGAAAAAAAGAAAUAUCUCGAUUGGUGUAGGAUUGGCAGUCUAAGACAUGCAAUUUGCAACUCGGAUAGGUUUCCCGACUCCCACUCAUUCCUGUCACCGCCAACAUUCUCGUUUCCAACUAACAGGACUUGCAAUGGCCAAGGUCGUCACGUACGAAGAGCUCAAGGCACACUCUACUAAGGACAGCCUCUAUGUUCUUAUCCACGGAGAAGUGUAUGAUGUGACUAAGUUCGUCGACGAGCACCCAGGAGGCGACGACGUGAUCUUGGCUGAAGCUGGUAAAGAUGCAACCCAGGCUUUCGAAGAUGUUGGUCACUCUGACGAGGCCCGUGACCUCCUCCCUCCCCUCCUCGUCGGCAGUUUUGAGAAGGAUGGCGCUCUGAAAAUCAGUGAUACCAAGACCUCUGGCUCCGGCGCUUCGGUCUCUGAUGCCGUUGAGCAAGGGUCAAACCUGAUGUACUUUAUCCCAUUGACCCUACUGGGAGCUUACUUUGCAUGGCGUUUCUAUGGAGCAUAAAGACAUGGAUCGACUUUAUGUCGGCCUUGAUACCUCUUGGCGUACAUCAUGUUUAUAUCCUCAUGAUAUUUUUGUCUGUCACCCAUGAACCUGCCUCGUCUGUCGCUAUAUCUAUCACAGUUCCUUGGGAAAUAAUAGAGCCUUUCAUGUUU